UAUCACUUUGAAAACCAGUCAGUCUUGACACUCAAAGAACCAAUAGCUCUCAAGUUUUUGACUCAGGCACAAUUCGGUGUCAUAUUUCUAUACAGCUUUUCACCACUCAGAAAACACCUACCUAUAUCUGCUUUCUUUCUCUGAAUAUACAUCUUGCGUGAGAGUCGCCGGCCAGCUGAGCAACAUGUCAGAGGAGGUGAAGCCUGACAGCGUGUUGCUCUGCUCUGUCAACACAGCAGCUGUGCCACGACAUGAGCUGUUGUGCAUCUUCGGAACAGGGGACUUGGGGCGCUCUCUGGGUCAGCGCCUGCUCCAGUGUGGAUACAAGGUGGUCUACGGCAGCCGCAGACCCGGCGGUUGUGGCCCUUUGCCUCCAGGAACUCAGGUGAUGAACCACGAGGCAGCAGCCCAACAUGCCCAUUUGAUCUUUAUUUGUGUUCAUAGAGAACACUACGACUUUUUGGAGCCACUUGCACCACAGCUAAAAGGAAAGGUGAUGGUGGAUGUCAGCAAUAAUCUCAAGAAAAAUAUGUACACAGACUCUAAUGCAGAGUAUCUGCAGAGGCUGAUUCCUGGAGCUCACGUGGUGAAAGCUUUUAACACGUUGUCUGCCUGGGCCUUACAGAACGGACCUGCAGAUGCUAACAGACAGGUGUACCUGUGUGGAAACAAUGCUGAGGCUAAGCAAGCUGUGACAGAGACUGCUACCAAACUUGGUUUCAGCAUUCUGGAUAGAGGAUCUCUGUCUGCAGCCAGAGAACUGGAGGACUUCCCCUUGCAGUUGUUCCCAGGGUGGAGGCUGCCCAUCAGACUGGCCAUUGGGCUCACUGCCUCUUUUUUCUUCUAUUUACUCCUACGAGAAGUCAUCUACUCCUACAUUGUACAACAGAAGGACAUGUCCUUCCGGAUCAUGGUGUCUUUGGCCAAUAAGGUGUUUCCCAUUGUUUCUCUCAUCCUGUUGUCUCUCUGUUACCUGCCUGGAAUCAUAGCAGCGUUCCUUCAGCUUUACAGAGGAACCAAAUACAAACGUUUUUCAGACUGGUUGGAUCGCUGGAUGCUGUGCAGGAAACAGUUGGGGCUUUUAGCUCUUGCCUUUGCCUCUCUGCACGUUCUCUACACUCUUAUACUUUCCUUCAGGUACUACGUGAGAUACCGGCUUGCAGCUCACACUAUCUCCCAGAUAAGGGAGAACAAAACCUCACCAUUUGACACCACCAUGGCCUGGCGCACAGACACGUAUUACUCCAUGGGAAUCAUGGGAUUCUGCUUUUAUCUCCUGUUAGGAAUAAGUUCUCUCCCUUCUGUCAGCAACGCUCUCAGCUGGAGAGAGUUCAGCUUCAUUCAGUCCAAGCUGGGAUACAUCACAUUGUUCUUCUGCACCUUUCACACUUACCUGUACGGUUGGGACAGAUUCCUCUACCCCUCUACCUACAAGUGGUUCAGUCCUCCUGGAUACAUGCUUUCACUGGUGGUUCCCACAGUGGUGCUGGUUCUCAAACUGUUGCUCCUCCUGCCCUGUGUGGACAGAAGCCUCACUCGAAUUCGACAGGGCUGGGAGAGGACUGAUCCUGAAGAAGAAAGCACAAAAUCACUGCUUCGGUAGAGCCGUCACAAUCACAAAUUCAGUAUAUAUAAACCGAAAACACAAAAACAAAGUGAUUUUAUUUUUAAUAGAUUUGUACACCUACACAGCUACAUAUUCAUAAUGCCAAAGAGAGUCAAGUCCUUUUAAACCACAAUAAGGCACCUGAUUUACAUUAUACUACAGUGCUUCUUGUAUUUGUUUUGUAUCCCUUAUUUUGUAAAUUUCAUCAUUUUUUUCUUCUUAAAUUGUAUAACCAGUUUAACACAUGUAAAAAACAAAGACUAAAGAUAUCUAUAAGUCUGCAGA